CAACUCUUGCCAAAAUGUUUUCAGGGCCUGCAAAAAAGAGAAUAUUUGAUGUAGACCCAAAUAUUUGUUAUUGGUAAUGCAUUGCAGCUAGAAUGUGACAUUAUUUGGAAGUGUGUUCUUUAUCCUAAACAGAUCAAAUAAAUGUCUGAACAUCCGUUAACGCAUGAUUCUGUCUGGCUACAGCAAAGAAAAUACGAAGAAGCAGAAGCAUUCUACCAGACACGCUUAACUGGACCACCCAGUAUUUCUUCAAGGAAAAAGAAUCGCAAGAAAAUGGCUGAAGCAGCAGACACAACAGCAAUUACUGAUGACUUAAAAAAAAUGUUGAAGUUAUCAACAUCUAGUGAAAGAUCUUCUUCUCCAGGAACCAAAACAACAUCUCAGUCAAAGACAAAUGUAUCAACCUCAAAGAAAAGACGUAAAUCAGGAAAAGCAAGAAAGGAGCAAGCAAAGAAUGCCGAAUCAGCUGAGACCCCUGAAACUAACAAAAAUGAUAACAGCAAAACAAGUUCUUCUGGUAGUUUAUCAAUUUCAGUAGAUAGGCAAGGUAAUAGAACACUACAUCAACAACAAGUAAACAAUCCACCAGAUAAUACACAGAAAAAAAGCCAGAAUCCUGGAAAGAAAGGAAACUCUAAAAGUAAACAAAAUAUCAAUGAUGCCGAAAAAUCUAGUACACAAGAAGUAAAGAAAGAUACUCCUGGUUCUAGUACCACAUCACAAAAAAGAGCCAAAUCUUCUCCAGAAAACCAUGGAGGAGGACAACAAAGCAGAGGAGAGUCUAAUAGGAACAACAGCGCACAGUCUGGGAAAAAAUCCAGUAAUUCAAAAGUAGACAAUGUGAAGCCUGUUCAGAACACUGACACACAAAUUUCAGAAACUGAAAAAAUAUUUAAAGAUAAACUUGAGAAAAAUUGGAUUUUUCCCUUGAGAAAGAAAUCAACAAAGUUUCCCCGAGCUAGUUUUUUCUGUCGUGUAUGCUCCUAUCAUCUAGAUCUAAAAGAAGAUUGUAAUCGACACAUGGGAGAGAAAAGACAUCAACGCAGAAAAGAGGUUACAGAGUCUGAGAAUAUUCUGCGUUUUAUACCAAAGCCUACAGAGAAACAACUGGAAUCUUUGGAUGUCCUACUUAAAGAUAUAUAUAAACAACAAGUAUUAACAGCAGCAGAAAUUACAACUAGAAAAUCUAUAGUACAAUCAUUAAAAGAAUACAUGAAGAAAACAAUACCUGAUAUAGAGAUGGAAAUGUAUGGCUCGACUUUAUCUGGAUUUGGUUUAAAGACAUCAGAUAUUAACAUCUAUGUUCAUUCUCCCAGUUCUAAAUCAAUGCCUAAAGUUCUUGUUUCAAUGUAUGAACAGUUUAAACAAUCAGGUGAGAGAUUUAAGAAUGUAGAGAAUGAUUUCUAUUCUAAAGUACCAGCUGUUAUAUAUGAAGAUCCUAACACCUCUAUAAGAUGUCAACUAACUAUAAAUAGUUGUUUUGCUAGGGAUACUAGUAGAUUAUUAUCUGUUUAUAGUUCUCUUGAUCCUAGAGUUGUUCAACUAGGAAUAACUUUUAGAACAUGGGCCAAGAUUUGUGGAUUGGAUCGACAAAAGGAAGGAACAUUACCAGCCUAUUCAUUGAGUUUAAUGACAGUUUAUUAUUUACAAAAUACAACACCCCCAAUAUUACCUACAUUUCAUAAGAAUUUCCCAAAGUUUGCUGAAUGUGAGGAGAAAAAAGAAGAAUGGUUUUCAUAUAUUACACAAGAGGCCACCAAGUGGGAAACGGAAAACAAGCAAAGUCUGUCAGAGCUCUGGUUAGGAAUAUUACGUUUCUACAUAUUAAACUUUGAUACAGCCAAUGAAGUUGUUUCUAUCAAGAUGGAAAAACAAUCGAGAAUUGAAAAGAAAUGGAACAGUAAGAAACUGGCUAUAGAAGACCCUUUUGCACCAAAGUUAAAUGUAGCCAGAACAGUUAGUAAUGCUAUGAUAUAUGAAUAUUUACAAGACACACUACGCAAGGCUUAUCAUUAUUUUGGUUUACCCAGGAAUAGUCAGGGAGAGUCAUGGAUACCUAUGAAAAGUUUAGAAACCAUGGCAGCAACAAAUGCUUUAAAGGAAUAUAAACAAACAGAGACAUUGUCAAAUGCUACGGAAAAUAAUUCUAAUCAUGAAAGAAUGCCAGAAAAUAGUAAUACGGAUUCUGUAGAUAUAGUUAAGGAUUCAUCACUAGAUGUAGAAACAUCUUCAUCAGACCCAUCGCCAUCAACAGACUUGAGUAAUUCUAAUAAUUCUGAACUUAUUGUUAAACAACAAUGUGAUAGUGCUAAUAAUACAGACAUUUCAGAACCAGAGAAACAUAUGUCUAGUCUUAAAACAUUUGCUCUUGAUUUUGCGGAGAAAAUUAUAAAUCAUGCCAUGAAAGAGUGUAAGAAUUGUCAGCAUCCUUCUUCAAAUCCGCCUUCAGAUUCAACUGUAACUAUAACAUCUUCAUCUAAACAAGAUGUUGGAGUAACAGAAAGUGAAAUAGAUAUAGCUAGUUUUAUAGAUAUAGAAGGGUUACAGGAUAAAGAAUGUUUUUAUCAGUUUAAUGAAGAUGUUUUAUCUGAUGGAAAGGGUCUGCCAGUAAUUUGUGGUUUUUGUGAAGGUGAAGGACAUCUACGAAAUAAUUGUCCAGAAGAUGUUUUACCUAAAUUACGACCAUUACCAGGAAUGACAGCAAAACAUCUAGGAGUUCUUAGUGAAACAUUAAAAAAUGUUAUAUAUGAUUUCAGACCAACAGCAAAAGAUAAAGCUGAUAGAAGAUGGAUAUUAAAAGAUAUAGAGAGUUUCAUACAGCAACGUCUUUAUCCAGAUGCUCGUCUCCAGUUGUUUGGUUCUUCAUGUAAUGGGUUUGGGUUUUCAAAGAGUGAUUUAGAUAUCUGUCUCACAUUUAAAGAUAAAACCUCUGAGGGUUUAGAUUAUGUACAGGUUAUAAAGAAUUUAUCAGCUAAGUUGGAACGUCAUGAUGGUUUACGUAGUAUAACGGCUAUUACAACAGCUAAAGUACCAAUAGUUAAGUUCCGUCAUAGACAGAGUGGUUUAGAGGGUGAUAUUAGUUUAUAUAAUACAUUGGCCCAACAUAACACAACAUUGUUAGAAAUGUACUCCAGUAUAGAUGAAAGAGUUUCAAUACUUGGUUAUGCUUUAAAAGUUUUUGCUAAGGUGUGUGAAAUAGGAGAUGCUUCUAAAGGUAGUUUAUCAUCAUAUGCAUAUGUACUGAUGUUAUUACAUUAUUUACAACAAGUUGAACCACCUGUUAUACCUGUAUUACAAGAGCUCCAUACUGGUAAGAAACCUGAAUUAAUUAUAGAAGGUUGGAAUGUUUGGUUUUAUGAUGAUUUUAAAACAUUGCGUAAUGUAUGGCCAGGAUAUGGAAAGAACACUCAGAGUAUAGGAGAGUUAUGGCUUGGUCUAUUUAAGUAUUAUAGUGAAUUCCCAGUUAAAGAUAAUGUUAUUACCAUUAGACAGAAGGGACCAUUAUCACGAUUUGAAAAAUUAUGGAAUGGAGAAUGUUUGGCGAUAGAAGAUCCCUUUGAUUUGAGUCAUAAUCUUGGAGGAGGUCUUUCAAAGAAAAUGAAUAAUUACAUAUUCCAUGCUUUAAUUCAUGCUAGAGAACUAUAUGGAACACCAUUUGAAACACUUCCAAACAUAGUAGCUAAUUAUAGUUCACCAGCAGACUAUUUCUUUGAUCCACAAUUAUUAACAGAGGGUCGACCUCCUAAUGAUAGGGGCUGUAGAGAAUGUGGUAAAAUUGGUCAUAUAGCUAAGAAAUGUCCACAACAUUUAAAAAAUGUACAAAGAAAAAAAGAAAGGGAGGCUAGACAAAGAGAACUAAAACAGCAGAAGCAACAACAAGAUCAGAAUCACCAUGGUGAUUUACCUCGAGAUGAACAUAAUGAUAGAAAUGGUCAUAGACAUACUCCAAAUAGAGAGCCACGUAGAAGAAAUAAUUCAUAUAAUGAAUAUUCUAGAGAUAGAACACCACUUCUACCGACUUCAGUUAUAAGAACAAGAAAUGAUUCACAUCCUGGUAACCGUCCAUCACCACAACCUCUAAUGGAUAUGGUAAUAGAUAAUGGUAAUAACAUGAGCAGUCAUCAAAUGCAGUCAUCACCUUAUAAUAUACAUCAGGUUUCAAACUCAAGUCCAGAGCAGCACCAUAUACCUAAUAACAGUACUAAUACGGUCAAUAACAACCCUCUGUCUAACCAACAAUCUGUAACACCAACAGGAACUUAUGUCACUACUUCUGGUGGUUGUCGCGUUUUUCUUCCGUCAAAUACAACUCCCCAACAAUUUACACAAUCGUCACCGCAAGCUAAUAUACCCUAUAGUUUAUCAAGGCCUUCAUUUCCUACCAUGACAUAUGGAUAUCAGUCGACAAGUGCCACCUCACAACCAGUUCAACCAAAUCAGGUGGUUAUUAAGAUGUUACAACAACCCCAUAUUAUGUACUUGCAGCCCAUGCCUCAUCAUCAAGGACCAAAUGGCAGCCAAAAUUUUAAUAUUAGAAAUAACACACCUCCUCGACAUAAAAAUUAUUAUGUAAAUCAAAGUGUAAGGAACACACAAGGUAGACCACAGUGAAUUGUUGAGAUUCCUUGAAGUUUUAUUUUUAAAAAUUUAUAAGAUGAUAAAGUAUUUGUUGUAUACAAUCAUGGGAUCUUAUUUUAUCAUGAUAGUUUUUAUAUGUGUCUUUAGAGUCGUGUUACAUAGUUAUUAGUGGUACUUAUUUACAUGUAUAUAUCAUAUUUCUAUAUCAUUACAUUGUCUAAAUGUGUAUAUCCUAGUUAUUUACUAUAUAUUGAUAUACCUAGUAAGUGAUACUGGUUUCUAUCAUUUUCAUGCUCUAUAUAAUCUGUUACAUAUUAGUUCAUUCUCUUAAAACAUCUCACAAAUCACAUCAAAUUUUCACUAUUAUACAGGCCUACACACUACUUAAAAUUGAAAUGUGGGGUGCUUUAUCAUAUGUAACUUGCCCUGACCAAAUGAGACAAAAAAUUAAAAUACUACUAUGCAUCAGUUAAAUUAUGUAUUAUAAGAGCUUUAAAAUUGAAAUUGGUCCAGUUAUUUAGUUUUGAAGUUGGUAUACACCAUAGUAUUAAUUUUAAAGAAAAAAAUUACUAAAACAAAGCAAUACUUCCAGUGGCGGCGCCAGCAGUCGGUGAUUGGAGGGGCAAAGCUGGGGCAAAGUCCAAGGUUAAGGGGGCAAACAAAGGCACGAGCUUCAACUAGGGGUAAAUUUUGAAAAACAGGUUGCCGGAAAUGCAGCCUGGAAGUAUUUCAGGCACUGAUCGAUGAGGUAAAGUGUCAAACGAACAGACUUGCGAAUCACGACGAAGCCCACUCACGAGCGUCAAAGUAGGGAGUCCUCCCCCAGAAAAUUUUGAAAAAUAGACUGCCGGAAAUGCUGUCUUACAGUAUUCUGUCAGGCACCGAUCGUCGAGAUAAAUAGAUCUGCCCAGAUACCGUUCAUCGCCUGAUUACCAAUUUAUCCGACUAGAGAACAAAAUGUCAAACGAACGGACUUGUGAACCUCAACAAAUUCCCCUUGUGAGCGCCAAAGUAGCGAGUCUAUUGGGGACCUCGCCAAGAAAAUUUUGAAAAAUAGACUGUCGGAAAUGCUCUACAACAUGCAAGUUUAUGACUGAGUGGGGAUGUGGGAUUUAUUCACCGUAGAAGUUAUUGAUACGUAUCACAAAUACUUUUUUUUAUUUUCUAAAAUUAUUGGGGGGGGGGGGGCAAACAGAAGGCAGACCCCUGGCGCCGCCACUGAAUACUUUAUACUUUGUUUAUACUUUGUUGGAAAUACUAGAUGUUUUUACACAUCGGAGAGAAAUCAUAGCUACGCAACAGACACCUCACCAGACAGUUUUGCAUAUAAACACAAGUCAGAUUUUCUGAGGUGUUAUCUGUAGUAAAACCCAUUGACAAAAGUUCAAAAAGGCUUUCUGACUUUCAACAGUCAAAAAUGUAUCCACCCCUGGUCUUUUUCAACAAAUGUCUUUACAUACUACAUGUGUUUUAGUUUUUAUUGUAAUGUCAUGGUUAGUUUUUAAGAAAAUUCCAGGAAGGAAUCAUGACUUGAAAGACAUACAGGACAAAAAUAUAGGCUUUAGGCUGGAGUUUAUCAUCCCCACUAGAGUUUAUUGUCUGAACAAGGCUUUAAGCUGGUGUUUUAUCAUCUGCUUUAGACUACAGGUAUUAUCAGAACAUGUCAUUACAGUACAGAGUAUCUUCUAAACUAGGCUUCAGACUACAGAAUCUCAUCUGAACUAGUCUUUAGAAUACAGGGUAUUAUUUGAACAUGGCUUUAGAAUACAGAGUAUAAUCUAAUGUAAACCUUGCCUUAGCCUGCUAGCUAAAGAUGUUCAUUCAUGUGUACGCAGGUGUUGGUUUGACCCGAUUUUCAUAGGAUCAUUUAUCAUUGUGUAUAUAUAUAUAUAUAUGCAUGUAUUCAUGUUCCCACCUUUAAUAUUCAUGUCAUAUUCAAUAUACAUUGACUUAACAUUUUUAUUGUUUAUGAAUAAAAUUCUAGAAAGAAGUGAUAUGAUUGACUCAAAUUUGAAUCACUAAUUUCACAAAAUUGCAAGUGGGGAGUAAACCUAAAGGUUGAUACAAAUUAAUCAUGUGAUUAUUAUUCUUACUUGGAAUUAUCAAAUGAUCUGUAUAUAUUUGUAAACAAAAAAACUUUUUUUUCUUUUAUCAUCAAUUGUUAUGACAUCCAUUGCUUUUUGUUCUUAGUGUGUUUUGUUAAACUUAUAUUUCAUGAUCAUUUAUAACUAUGUAUAUAUAUUUUAAAAUACAGAGUAUUCAUAAGCUUAUAAACUCUAUAUGUGAAGAUUGUAAAUCAAGUUUUAACAGAGCUCAUUUAUAUGUCUAAAGAUAAGUGAAUAUUUUGUAAACACAGCAUUGUUUUUGUAUGAAAUCGGGUAGUAUGUAAAUUCUUCUAUUUAGUAAGUUGCAAAUCUUAAUGUGUUUAUUUUAUGUGUGCUCUGAAUUCUUUAUAUCAAGACUUUUUUGUGAAAAUGAAAAUUUGUGUGGAUAUAUUUGCUAUUAAAUUCUAAAGACCGUAAUUAAGGGUCUGUGCUAGUCUCACUUUAAAAUAAUGUCAUAUAGAUUCUACCAUCAUUUAUUCUGAUCUGUAAUCAGAGGGUUGUCCACUGCAAAUCAUCAGAACAUCCAUGCAGAAUACUAAUCCAGGGGCCAUUGAUAUUAAUUAAGGAACAAAAACAUUUUUGAUUGAAUCAUUUACAUGGAUACCUGCAAGACAGAAAUAAUGAGGUAUGUAAUUGGAUUAGUAACAGAUAGACAUUAUAUCCAUAUGAUUAUAUAGACAGUUAUUUUAUGAAUUAAAGCUUAGUUGUGUAGAGCUGUUUAUGACUAUUCCAAGAAUGAUAUUUUAAUUGAGAUUUAGAUAUCUUUUAGCUUGUUUUUUGUUAUAUUAUUUUCAUUUAAUUGGUUUAGAAUAUCCACAAAUUUUAUUGUUUUCUAUUACAUAGGGAUGUGUAUAAUUUUGUCAUAAACCUUCUUUGUAAAAUUGUUAUAGAAAUAUUGAAGUAAUAAUGAGGAAAACCCCCCAAAAAUGAUUAUGAAAAAAGAAAAUGGAUUUGUGUUUGGUAUUUCUUAUAUCUACUCAAGAUCGUGAAUCAGGGUACAUUGUAUUCAGUGCAUUUUGUCAUAAUGUGAUAAUUCUAAAAUGGAUUGGCUUAAACUUCAUGUUGUUUCUUCUAGCCAAUAAUGAUUCACAAUCUGUGAAAUUUUAUUACCAAGCAUCCAUUGCAUAUUGAUUAGCAUUAAUUACUUGAAGGAAGGCAGCACAUUAUAUCAAAAUAUACUGUGGUAAAAUGAUUUACAAUAGCAAACAUAAUCAACAUACAAAAACGACCCUUGAAGGUCUUUUAAGGUAGGCUACAAUGCGGGCGUGCUUUUGUGGGUGAAGGGUGUUAAAUCAUUUCCAGUAAUAAUGUAUCUGAACAAGGGAAAAUUUUGCCACAACAGAGGCAUUACCGGUCAUCAUUCGCAGAAUUACCCCGGGCAUUUUGCCCAAUACUUUUGUUGUUUUAAUAGGUUCUGAUAUCCAGUAUUUAACAUACACCUUGUUCACCAAUCUGAUUAAAAUACAGAUCUAUAUUUCUUUUCAUUUUUUUUAUUAAUUUUUUUUUUAUAUACUUUCGAUGGCCUAGCUACAUGAAGAUCUGACCAGUUGUAGUAAAAGGUCGCGUCAGAGGUCGUACGAACAGUUAUUCCGGGCAUAGAACAUACCCCAAAGAUCAAACUAAAAAAUAUUUGUAUUCACUCGACCAAAACAUGACCAAUAGUAAGAUUCUGAAAUCUAACGAUUGAUUAAAUGAUAAAAAAAAAUUGAAAAUAAUAUAUUGUUUUAACGUUUUCGCGAGAUGGUAAACGGGGAUAGGGUGGAUGAUUGAGGUCUCAACUAUCUUUUGUCCAAGCAGGUGUUUUAAAAUCUUGUAAAUGUAAUACACGGUACACGUUGUUGAAUUUUUGUGACAAUUCCAAGUUUGUCUUUCAAUAAUACAUUUUCUAGUUGGACACUAUAAUCUUCAAUCCAACGAAUAGUCGACUAAUCCGUCUUCCAAAAAAAUGUGUUCAUUCGGAAUACUAUAAUAUCGUUCGUACCAUAUUCAUACUUUCUGAUUGUUUGCUGUCAUCGCGGGGAAUGAAGUCAGUAAAGAAUGAUUGCCAAAGCGGCCAAACUUAAUUUGUUGCUUGAAUAUGUAUAGGGGUCUAUAUCUAAUAAAAAUAAACAUUUAAAUUUAUUUGCCACCAGAAAACCUAAAAUUAAAAUUAUAUUGUCGAAGAAGAAAGGUAAUAUCUAGCUUGACUCUCAAUCCUUUUCUGUGAAUGGAAUACUGUUUAUUAAAAAAAAAAAUUAUAUUAUUGGUAGUCCUUUCAAUUUGAUAUUAUUUCGUUUUAUGAAUUGAUAUGCAAUAUAUUAUUUAAUUUAACAAUUCACACGGUACUCCCGUGCUUCCCUUUUUAAAACUCCUUUAUUUGUGUAACAUUAUUUGUGAGCUUUAUUUAUACACAGACGUAGGAAACAAUGAUGGCGGUUCUUUUUCGUGUGUCUGACCAAAGAAUUAAAGUGAAGCAGACUGAUUUUAACUGAAGCGCUACACAAUACCAAUUCUAUGCACGUUUUAUGUCCAUAUUGAUUUUAUGUCGACCUACAAGUAAUUGAAUUUUGUUUCUGAAUCGA